AUGGGUGGAGAUGCCGAUGCGGCAUCGAAAUGUAUUCUUGCCGUACGGUCGAACCAAGAAUUUUUGAUACUCGAUCCGCAUUAUUCUGGACCAAGUUUUGCGUCAAUCGAUCAAUUGCGAAAAUCAGGCUAUUUACGAUGGUAUAGUGUACCUCAGGAUUUUCUUUCGAGUUCUUUUUAUAAUUUAUGUUUACCUCAAUUGAAAUAUACAUAG